AAUAUGGUAAAUAAAAAAAAUAAGCUACGUUUUUGUUGUUCGCUUAUCUGAUUCUGUGCACUCAGGCCAGAGUGCAAAUUGCGUGACGAAGAAAAUGUUGAAAAACUGCGUGAUUUUUAUAUACAUUACGAUCAGUGACCAUUAAAAUUGCUCGCGUUCACCCCACCCAAGCGGCCGCAUCGACGACGACCACCAACACGAUGGAAUGCGAUGAUGCGGCAGUCGAACGGCAAAAGUUGGUCUCUAAUGACGAAGAGGACGAUCAGGCAACCAUCACCAAUCUGUCUUCCAGUGGGCAGGCAAAAUCCAUCCAAACACCAAUUUCUCCUGUGCUCAGUAAUAAGGUUUUCUCGAGUAGUGAGACCAGUCGCAGUCACAACUCUACCAGCUACACGACAAGCCUCGGGAAAACUAUUCACAGUGAUGCGCCGCCCACAGCUCGUCUGAACUAUAUCAACGAGCGUCGGGUCGGCCAGGAUGCAAAGACUAAACCGAAAAAGAUUCCUAGGGAUCUCACACCGUCCAGCACGGUCAGCUCUUGCAACAGUAGUAAUCUCCCGCUCAGUUCACGGCUUUAUCGCCAGUACCACAAAGCGUCCGAUCAAUCACUGGCCAGUAGCAGCGGUCGACCGAGUUCCUCGAACGCCGCUACCGCCAAUAGCAGUUCGAUUAGUUUGAACAAAAGCUACAGCUUUACCUCGCGGCCAUUAAAGCAUCAUUCUUUUGUCUCAGAAGUACCAGACGUGCGGCAUAUGGAACGGGCCCUGCUCGGACUGCUCGACGAUUUUCAUUCGGGCAAGCUGAAGGCGUUCGGUUCUGGCUGCACAAUGGAACAGAUGACCAGCAUUCGCGAGCAGCAGGAAAGUCUCGCCAAACUUCACUUUGACCUGGGCAACGAAUCAUCGUCGGUCGUCGGAAAAAAUACCGAAGUUCAGUCGCAAAAUAACAUGAAGAAACUGGUCGCCAAGCUGGAGCAGCUUUCCUUCUCUAUCGAGAAACUUCACUCGAGCAAUGUCGAACAGUAGCCCAGUAGAGAUUCGUUUUUUUAGAAUACUACCGUAAGCAUAAUGAUAUUCAUAGUAUGUAAUAAGAAACCCGAAAUCGAGUUCCAGUAGGUGCUAAAAACGAAGCAAACAAUCUUUUCUAAAAUCAAAAUGUUCAUCAUGUGUUUAGUAGUAGACGUUUCGAAAAUUACAUAAUUAUUCAGAAAAAACAACGGAACUUAGGUUCGAAUUAAAAAGAAACGCUUAAGUUUUUAUAACCAUA